AUGAGGCGGCAUACCCCGUCGCCAACAAGGCCGGGUCCGAUAUCUACGUCGAUACCUACGUCGAAGGGACUCCCGAGGAAGCCCGUCUGCUCCGGAAGAUCGAUUUUCAUGUUGAUGUACAUCCUGAACUACAUUGACCGAACCAACAUCGGAAAUGCCAAAUCAGGCGGAAUGGAGAAAGACCUCAACCUCACCUCUUCCGAGUACUCCCUCAUUGUCUCCAUCUUCUUCGUCUCCUACCUUCUCUUCGAGGUCCCAGCCAACAUGAUCCUCGCUCGCAGCCGACCCUCCAUCUUCCUUCCCUCCAUCAUGUUCAUCUGGGGUGCCAUGUCUAUCGGUGUCAAGGGUGUCGAAUCCCUCGGCGGUAUGGUCGCUUGGCGGUUCUGCUUGGGUAUUGCAGAGGCUGGAUUCUUCCCCGGUGUGAUGCUCUUGAUGUCAUGUUGGUACAAGCCUGCCGAGCUUUCCAAGCGCGUGGCCUUCUUCUACACUGCCUCCCUCCUCUCUGGCGCUUUCGGCGGUCUUCUCGCCGGCGGUAUCAUCACCGGUAUGGAGGGUCUCUCCGGGACUAGGGGUUGGAAGUGGCUCUUCAUCAUCGAAGGUGCUGCUACCGCUCUGGUCGCCGUCGCGGCCUUCUUUGUCCUUCCCGACUACCCCGCCACCACCAAGUGGCUCACCGAGGAGGAGAAGGCUCUUGCCAUCUCCCGCGUGUCGACUGGUCUCCAGGCCGGUGGCGAAGCCGAGAUGGACCACAAGACCGCCUUCUUCGCCUCGGUCCGGGACCCGCGCACCUGGGGCUUCCUGAUCGGCUACAACUUGAUCACCUGCGCCGGCACUAUCAGCUACUUCUUCCCUACCCUCAUGGGUGCUCUUGGAUACACUGGUUCUCAAGUCCAAUUCAUGACCGUACCCAUCUACUUUGUCGCUCUGGCCAUCGCCAUGGCUGCCGGUUUCAACGCGGACCGUACGGGACAGAAGGCCUACCAUGUCAUGGGCGCCUGCGCUGCGGGAUGUGUCUCAUUUAUCGUCUGUUCGACAGUCUCGGACUUCAAAGUCCGAUACGUUUUCAUCUGCUUCGGUGGCGCCGGGAUCUGGACAGCCGUCCCCAUCUAUUUGUCGUUUGAAGGUCGGGAGAAGCGCGCCAUCUCGAUCGCCCUCAUAAACGGCUUCGGUAACCUCGCCUCCGUCUACGGAUCGUUCCUCUGGCCCUCGUCCGACGCCCCCACCUACAAGACUGGCUUUGGCGUCACCACGGCUCUGCUCGGCAGUGCUUCCCUUCUGGCGUUCGGGCUCAAGUGGAAGUACGGGGACAGGGGUGUCAUGGGUCGGGCGGCGCAGCAGCAGUAG